UAUUAUAUUCAAUGAACUGUUCACACCGUCAAAAACUUCGCUUGUUGUCAAGAAACGAAGGAAAGAUUAAAUCUUAUGAAUCUUGUGUCGACCUUAGAGCAUGGAGUCAUGAUUUGCAGACACGAAACUGUUACCUUAGGGAUUGGAUGAAAAGCGAUAUGCCAAUUUGUGUUAUACCCAUUAGUACUGUGUCCAGCUUUUUAAGAAAUAUGACUUGGAGAAAUCGAGCGAAGGUAGCUCCACGUUGCCAUCCCAAUUGUAAAUCGAAAGUCAUUCUUGAGAGCAUUUGCGAAUCUACUCAUGCUAUUAAAGAGUGCCUGAAGAAUGAAGAAACAUUCGAAAAGUACUUUCAAGACGAAGAAUUCGAAACAAGCACUUGGCCCUGUGAGAAAUGUUUGGAAGCAUUUAAGAAUAUCAAAAUGUUUUGGAGAAUAAUUCUGGAUAAAAUCUUUCGUAUAAACAUUCCAACUGAAGACGAGUGUAAGAGUGCUUAUUGUAGUAAUGUUCAAAAUAUAGCUAAAAGUUUCCAAGAUGAAAUAGUCGAACAAGCUAUUUAUGUAAGAAAUUCAAUGCCGGCCAGAAACAAUCAUUUUAAAAAAGACGAUACAAAAUCGCAUGGUAGAAUAGAUAAACCGAUAAGUUCCAUACGAUUUAAAAUAUAUAACAAUGAUAUUGAAAUUCUCACACCGAUGGAGAGUAAACCAAAUAUUAUUAUAAAAGAAGACAAAUGUAUAGCAACAGGAGGAAGUUACAUCGUAUUAAAUAGAAAGUCAUGCAAGAAGGUUAACCAAAGCAUAUCAAUGAGUAUAAAAACAGUUGACUGUGGUGAAACAUGUGAUAUUGAAAAUAGCGAUCUGAUUGCGUAUAAAAAUAAUGUUGAUUAUUUGCAAAAAAGAUUGGAAAUGCAGAAUAUCGAAUUGAGUAGGCUGACUAAAGAAAAUGUAUCAAUGAGGUUGGAAUUGCAGCAAAUUUAUCGAACACACAAUUGGGAUAAGUCAUAUAAUACACGGCCGGCUUUGCAAAACCCCAUUGAAGAUAUUCCGGAACCCUUUGAGAGUUGUGACGAGAGUAUACCUAUGAGUACUGAUUCAGAGAUGAUUAUUACUUUAAAGAAUUGUAAAAACCAGAAUUAUGAAAACAUAUCACUUUUACAAGUGAUACAUAAAUCAAAUGAGCAUUCGGUAAAAAAAUCUCUUACAGAGCAAUACGGUAAUAAGCAAGAAGACCCAAUCGAACUCCUGAAUAAAGUACAAGAAACGUUCGGAUCUAUCGUGAAACGGGAAAUUUCAAUAGUGAACGAAAGACCAGAAAAGAAGAAGACAUCCCUUAUCAAUGCUACUUACUUCAAUGUAACGUCGAGUAAGUCAGCACCAUCCCGUACGACUAUGUCAUUGCAUUCAGUAUCCUCGUCAGUUUUUGUAUCAACCACUGAAUAA